CGUGAAUACGGCAGCUCUAGAGUAUAUGGACCCUGGGAACGUGUUUGACCCAGACUACCCUGGGCAGGGGCUGCAGCCCGUCCAUUGGCUAGGACCACACUACAGGCGGAAACGGACAUCUUCUAUCUCUGAUGUGUCCAUAGCUUCAUCUUUGAUGGAAGAACACAGUUCAACCAGCGCACCGGAGGACUCCCCCACCCGGCGGGGUCGGAGGUCACACCGAGAGGAUUCUGGGAACGCCACAGAUACCAGCUCUAUCGCCAGCGAGCAGGAAUUCCAGUGGGACGAGCGUCUGGCGGCUCUGUCCCCCACACUAGCGGCAGAGGCUCGGGAGGUCCGCAGUCAUGAAGAGAUAGGACUGGACUUUAACUUUGGCGUCCCUGUCAUUGAUGAUGUGAAUCCCAAAGACGAGAGAACAAAGAAGCCCAAGAGAUCCCGGUCCUUGUUGUUCGGAAAGAAGUCAGAGCAGAAGUUGAGGAGACAGGGGUCACUACCGGUCAAACCUGGGGAGAAGCGACCAAGUGCCAAGUCCUUGAGUGCGCUAAACUUGGCAGACGGUGGUGAGUUUGAAGACAUCUUGGAAGAAGGCAUGGGGGAGUUCUUAGCGGACUACAGUUUCGACACCUUCGCCCUGCGUCACUUCCAGGGCGGGAAAAACCACGCCUUCACCAAGGAACAACUCAAGCAGCCCCUGCUCAAGCUGAAAUCUGAGGAUGACCAACAGGCGGCGCUGGAGGUGUGGGUCACCAUACAGAAGUUCAUGGGAGACGUGGCAGACACCGACGUCGUCGAGUUUAUGUCCAGCAAAAAGCCUCCAAUUAAACGAAGAAUGAGUUUCAAGGAGUUCGGGGCGAAAAUCACCGGUAAGAAGACGUCAAAGUAUGACCUUUCGACGGAAAAUGCCGCCAAAGACGCUGCUGUCAGCAACGAGGUGGCACAACCGGAGGUCCUGCCGCCAACUUCGGGUGUCGAAAAGGUCGCGUUCAUCACUGGAUAUGGAAUCUACAGCAAAGCACUCAGGGAUGAGAUCUACUCCCAGCUGAUGAAACAGUUAACAGACAACCCUUCUGAGCGGAGCCGGGACAGAGGAUGGUUCCUGUUGGCGCUGUGUGCCGGCUGUUUCGCACCCUCCAAUCUGGUGACGAAGGUGGUGCGUUACUUCAUCAGCAGCCACGCCCCACCAGAGUAUAACCUGUACUGUGAGGAGAGACUGCGGAGAACCUGUUCCAACGGCACAAGGAGUCUUCCACCACCUCAACUGGAGUAUAAUGCUGUGAAGAGAAGACGACCAAUCAUGGUAGCCGUGACUCUCAUGGACGAGCGAGUUGUGAAGGUCGACGUAGAUUCAGCUACGACGAUCCGCGAGCUCAGGAUCCAGCUGUCGGAGAAGAUCUCUCUUCUGGAUCACUUCGGAUUCGCCUUCUACAUCACCAUGUUUGAUCAGACGAUCUCUUUAACCAGCGGCAGUGCCCAGUGGGAGCACCAUAUCAUGGACGCCAUAUCACAUGUGGAACAGACAGGCAGGGACGAAGGCCUGUCAGGGAAAGACGUGCAGUGGGAUCUGUUCUUCAGAAAAGAGGUAUUUGGUCCAUGGCAUGACCCAUACAAGGACCCAGUGGGAACCACACUCAUCUACCACCAGCUAGUGGGAGGACUCAAGUAUGGAGAGUACAAGUGUCAAGAUGAUGCUGAGUUUGCAGAGUUCUCUGCCAGAAGAUUCUACAUCGAGCAUGGCCCCAGCAUCUCUGAAGAAGGCCUUAUUGAGGUUAUACAGAGUUACAUCCCAGAUAAGCUGCUGAAGAGGCUGGGAGCAGGCUACUGGGUCAACGCUACAUUGAACAGUUUCAAGAAGCUCUACCCCGAUGGUACAACUGUCUCAUCUCAGGAGGAGAAGGCUGUACUUGUACGACAGGCCAUGGACAAGUGGGCACAGCUCUUUUCAAGAUUUUAUGUGAUAAAGAAGAUGAGUGGACCAGGCAUCACGCUGAAGAGGUCAGCGGUGGCGGCUGUGAACUGGAAGGAGCUGUCAGUCCUGGAGGAGAGCGACUCUGGCCGCGGGACUAAAGUAGCCCUGCUGGUGCCGCUAACAGACGUCAAGUCCGUGUCUAAGAGAAAGGGUACCGAGGCCGAUGACGAGUUUUCCGUGAAGACCACGCGCGGACCGAAGUUCACCUUCAUCAUGAACAACGCGGACGAGAUUCAGGAAAUGCUGCAGGCGUUCGUGGGACGACACAUCCUGGAGAUCCACCACCCGGUACAACCAACCGGGGAGCACGGGGAGGAGUCUGCUGCUUAGAGACAGAUGAUUGACAUCACCGUGGAGACAUCACCAUGGAGACAGACUUGCUGCUAUAUGCUGGAUAAUCAGGUUAUUUUCUGGAUCAACAUCUUCUAUCUUUGCUGCCAGAAGUGCACUAAACUUGUUUAGCAUUGAAUACAGAAACUUAAAGGCUAAAUGCACCAGAGUACAAAAUAAUCAUGUACGUGAAGCCUAACUAAAUAUUCACGCUCAAGACUUCUUUUUGCCACAUUUUGCGGCCAUGUUGCAUUGACAGAGCUGUUGGAAAAGGAAACCCUGUAUGCAGUAAAUAUCGCACAUGUAUAAUGCUAUGCAAAGCAUGCCAUCAUUUUUGUAUGUAUUAUGACAGGGAACCAUAUUUUUUGAAAAACAUAUUUGGUGCUGUAUUAUCCUGAUUAUUAUGCUUAGUUACAUGAUUGUUGUCAUCAUAUUGAUGGUCCUCGACAUAUGUUCAGUUGGUAUAGAUUCAAGUUGUUAUAUAAAGAGGCUUGUGAUAUUUCUAUUCGGUCAGUAUUUUAAAAAUGCAAUUGGUGGUGUACUAUAACAU